CUUGAAUAGCAUUAAUGGCCAAAUUUUCUCGACUCGCACUCCAACCCUUUCCCGCUUUUCUUCCACAUUCCAGCAACACAACAAUCCUCCAAAACUUCUAAAAAUCAAAAUUCAAUACAAACACACACACUCUCUCUCUUUCUUCAGUUAAUUAGUAUUAAUUAUAAAACAAUUCAAUUCAAUUCACCUUUACCAAUUUUGUUCAACAAUUAUGCUGCACGAACUCUUACUGGCCCUCUUAGGUUACACGGGAGAUCUCAUCAUCGACGUUAGAGAACAACAAGAACAAACCGGGACCCACAUUCCCUUAUCACCAGAUGCACCCAUUUCUCAUCAACACACUUUUAAGCUUGCUCCUGAUAUCUCCUUCAUUCAACCCAGUGAAAGGGAUGUCAUUGAGAGGAUUAUUACUCUAGGAUUUUACUACAGAGAGCUAGACCGCUUUGCAGCCAAGUCUCGUAAUUUAAGUUGGAUCAGGUCCCCGAAUGAGUCACCUCUGUUGAGGACAUCCCAACUAUUAAAAGGGAAAACAUCGAAGCACAGUGUGUACAGGAGGGCCAUUGCGAAUGGUAUUGUUGAGGUGUUGUCAGUUUAUAGGUCUGUUGUUCUACACAUUGAGCAAAAGUUACUGUCUGAUUCACUGCCUAUCGUGGCAACACUUACUCAAGGCCUCAAUAAGUUCUUUGUUCUUUUGCCUCCUCUUUUUGAGUUGAUUCUAGAGAUUGAACGCGAUAACAUUUAUGGUGGAAAGCUUCUCAACCUUUUACACAAACGUUGCCACUGUGGGGUUCCUGAAUUACAGAUAUGCAUUCAGAGGCUUCUAUGGCAUGGGCAUCAGGUCAUGUACAAUCAGCUUGCUUCUUGGGCGGUUUAUGGAAUUCUUCAUGAUCCAUAUAAAGAAUUCUACAUCAGCAGUCAGGAUGACAAAGACUCUGAACAGGAAUCAGCUCCACAGUUUCUUGAGAAACUGACGCGCUUGUCAGUCGCUGAUACGUCUUUAAAUGAUUGGCACUUGGGGUUCCAUAUUUCCUUGGAUAUGCUGCCGGAGUAUAUUACCUUGAAUGUAGCAGAAUCCAUUCUUUUUGCAGGAAAAGCUGUUAGGGUUCUUCGCAAUCCAAGUCCUGGUUUCCAAUUUAAGGAUAGUUCCUCUCAUCAGCAGACACAAAGAGGAUCUCAAAAGACCCAAGGAUAUACAACGACGAUUUCUUUCCAGAAUAACUCUUUGAAUAAUACCUUAAUUGGAGAAGAUUUACUCCCACAGGCAGAGGCAGAUAAAAUUGAAUCUAUGCUUCAAGACUUGAAGGAGUCGUCUGAAUUCCACAAAAGAUCAUUCGAGAAUGCCAUUGACACAAUAAAAACAGUUGCAGCCAGUCAUCUGUGGCAGCUUGUUGUUGUGCGUGCUGACUUAAAUGGGCACCUAAAGGCUCUUAAAGACUAUUUUCUCUUAGAAAAAGGUGAUUUCUUCCAGAGUUUCCUUGAGGAGAGUCGCCAGCUGAUGCGUUUACCACCUCGCCAAUCUACUGCAGAAGCUGAUCUUAUGGUCCCAUUUCAACUAGCUGCUUUAAAGACCAUAGGUGAAGAGGAUAAAUACUUUUCAAGGGUGUCUUUGCGGAUGCCAUCAUUUGGAAUCACUUUGAAACCCUCACCAGUUGAUCUGUCCAAGGUAAAAGUGAAUAAAGAUGGAGACUCGGUGGGGCACCCAGAUGCUUCUUUGGAGGUGUCUCUUGAUGGAUGGGAUGGCAUUUCCCUUGAAUAUUCUAUUGACUGGCCAUUGCAGCUGUUUGUUACGCCAGAAGUUCUAUCCAAGUAUCAAAGGAUAUUCCAGUAUCUCCUCCGUCUUAAAAGGACACAAAUGGAGUUGGAAAAAUCAUGGGCUUUUGCUAUGCAUCAAGAUCAUAUUGACUUUGCUAAACUUCGAAAUGACUCUAGAAAGUCAUCUGUGUCCCAGCAUCGAAGGCAACGCCUUAGACCAAUGUGGCAUGUUAGAGAGCACAUGGCCUUCUUGAUCAGAAAUCUUCAAUUCUAUAUUCAGGUUGAUGUGAUAGAAUCUCAGUGGAACGUUUUGCAAUCUCAUAUUCAGAAUUCUCAUGAUUUCACGGAACUUGUGGGCUUUCAUCAAGAAUACUUGGCCGCUCUGAUUUCACAAUCUUUCUUGGACAUUGGUUCUGUCUCGAGAAUUCUGGAUGGAAUAAUGAAACUAUGCUUGCAGUUCUGUUGGAAGAUCGAAAAUGACGAAAGCAAUAGAACUACUAGUGAGCUGGAGCACAUAGCUGAGGAGUUCAACAAAAAAUCAAACUCCCUAUACACAAUACUCCGAAGUAGCAGGCUUGCAGGGAGCCAGAGAGCCCCGUUCCUUAGACAAUUUCUUUUGAGACUCAAUUUUAAUUCCUUCUUUGAGGCAACUGCAAGAGGGGUGCUCAAUGUUGUCAGCCCUCGCCCACCCGUAUCUGUUCUGCAGUGACAAUUUCUUCUUAAAGCCCACAACAAUGUAGUUUGCUGUAACCCUUGCUUUGCCUGCCAGUUUUUUUUUUUUACUUCGCUCUGUGUGCGCGCUGUUAGAAUUGAGGUAUAGUUGAUUGAUUAUUUGAACGACUGUUAUAAGCAGUAAGGGCAUCUUGCCACCUUUCCCUUCAAUGUUAACCAAUCCCUUGCAGUAUGUACAAAUUACAAUGUAAUGGAGAAGAGAAGUAAAGGUUUUCAUAGUAAGGGUUAGGUUAGCAAAA